AUGGCUGAUCGCAAACCUCCUACAUACUCUUAUGGUACUGCCGUAAGUUCCGCAAGAACUCCAGGUGGUACAGCUUCCAGUACUACUUCCGCGUGGUUGGGCAAUCGAUAUGCCGCUUUGAGGGGUAGCACCGACCAAAGUGGAUAUAUAGUGGUCACUCAGGAUGGACUGAGGAGAGAUGAUACUCUAGACUACAAGCUCGAACAGAGCUCCACAGCCUUUCAAGGGACCAAGCAAACAAAGACGACUGAUACUAGGGCAGUUUCUGGUUUUGGGCCUAGUACCAGGAGGACUAACACGUUUGAGCUGUGGGGAAGCGAUGAUGAAUCUGAAUAG